ACUUAUAGCAAGCAACCACCGCAUUCCACAGUAUUUCGUGUUCCCGACUUUUAGAGAAGCUGAAAGUUUUUAGUUGGAUCAACGACUGAUAUUUUUCGGCCUUUUGCUGUUAGUAUAGAAAUGCCUCGACCGGUGACAGCAGAAACUCGGAAUGAGAAAGAGAUGAUAGAGAGCGCUAAAAAACAGUUUGCGUUUGCUACCGAUCCUGUGGAAAAACUAAAGCUCUUGUGUCUUCAGCGUGGUUCGAGUGGGAUUCUUGGACUUGGCAGAGUUUUCCGGCGGAUGGAUGACAAUGGAAAUGGUGAUCUUUCCAAAGACGAGUUUAUCAAGGGACUUAAUGACACUGGUCUCGGAGAAUCAUUUCCACCAGAAGAAAUAGAGGAAUUGUUCAGCAGGUUUGAUGCGGAUAGUUCCGGUAAAAUCGUUUUCAAUGAAUUUCUGCGGGCUAUUAGGCCUAGCAUGUCAAAAGGUCGAAUAGACAUUGUGGAAAAAGCAUUCUCGAAGUUAGAUAAAACAGGAGACGGGAUGAUAAAUGUGCAAGACCUAAAAGGAGUGUAUAAUGUAAGGAACCAUCCAGCAUACUUGAACGGAGAAAUGACGGAGAAACAGCUAUUAACUAAGUUUCUAAGAAAAUUUGAAGAGGAAGGAGAUAUAAACGGAGUGGUGACAAAAGAAGAGUUCUUUGACUAUUACAAUGGCGUUAGUGCUUCUAUAGACGAAGACGCCUAUUUUGAUCUGAUGAUGCGAAACUGUUGGAAACUGUAAAAGAGAAAACACAAAUCUCCAUCUUACUUUUUCACCCACAGAUAUCCUCAUCGUACUUUUUUCCCUACAAAAGAAUUUCGUCUUUUUCUUUUAACGAUAAUUCCAUCUUUUUUUACUCCUAUUUUCACAAUAAUCACAUCCAAAAUUUUCUCUCUUUCUUUCUUUGUCGUAAAUAUAAUCCCUCUUUUUCCGUCCACAAUAAUCUUAAACUUCUACCAUUUUCCUCAAUAAGUAACUUGUUACAUUUUUCAUGCUAGAUAAAGUUGAUUGCUGCUAGCUAAUUUCGAUGUGUUGUUGUUUUGCCACUAUUUAAUAUCCUCGUUCAUUUGGCGUUUAUCGUUGCCACUUUUCUUUUACGCAUAAUUUUGUCACUUGGUAUUAAACAUAAGCACGAGUAUUAGAAAUGUUUAUCAACAUGUUCUUCAAGACGUGAAGAUUACCUUUAAACCUGUAGAUAAUUUUAUAGGUUUCUGGUAAAUAGAACCUAUAUAUACGUAGUAAUUAUUUUGAAGUACAGAUUAUUAAAAAAAAAAUUUCCUUUCUGUGACGUUUAGUUUUCUUGACAAUGAAAUGGACAUAUUAGAAUAAAUACCUUGUUAUUGUGAUUGGUGUAUGCAGAUAUAUGUGUAGCUAGUUGCAUUUCAACAAUAAAGAUACGAAUGGCCUCGAA